AUGGAGGAUAUUCAACCAAUGCUCACUCCACAAGGACUUUGCUUCACAGUGUCGCCAAAUAUGACAGUCAGAAGGCCCGGUCCUGAGACAACACUUUCCUUGCUGCUAAACUUGGAGGUAUACGAGAUUAUUCCCGGGACAGUCAUCGAUGCCGGGCUUUCGCGAUACCACCAAUACUGUGGUCGUCGUGAUGUCGGUCCAUUUUCUUCUAUGCAGUACUCAAGAGCAGCAUGUCAGUGGGUGGCAGCGACGCAGGAAGUUGAGAAAGUUUGCGGAUGUCGCCCUGUGCACAGUCCUUACAACCAGGACUACUUCCGUCAGGAGAAAGCUAAAAACGACAUCAUGAACCGUCUUAGAUCAACAAAAGGUCUUGUACAAUGCACAUUCAGUCAGGAAAUUGAAUGUGUCGCCAAAUAUGUAGCUCUGCUGGAUCCUGUCAACUCAUCUAUCGUGUGUCCAGAAGACUGUGAAGAAGUUUCUUUUUCAUCUGUAGUUUUCGGUGGCCGUCUGGUAGCGUCCGACCUGACGUCUGUGCUACCAGGCGACUGGGAAGACUUGAAAGAAGCAAAAGUGACCGAAUUUCAGAGAGCUAUGAACGAGAUUCCGAAUCAUCGCAUUCCCGUGGUUAGAGAAGUGCAGUCACUGGCAAACAUUGCACAAGAGUUCGCCCAAUUGGCAAUUCGUGUAUUUACCUUGAUGCCCAACUCCUCUACGGUGCCUUGCCUAGCACCAGGUGGGGUACGAGAUUUGGAACGUGCGCUGAUUCAUCUCAAAGCGCAGGAGCCAAUGUGGGAACGCAUCACUACGUACUUCAGAAGAUCACUUUUCCAUGAGUUGAAGUCAACAGCGGCUACAUUGGGAGUGGUCCUUAAGAAUGAUGGAACAAUCAGUGGCCAAGUCGACUACGUCGCAUUCUCCCUUCUGCAACUGAGCGUGAUGGAAACCCGCACUGAACAUUCAUUUGGUCUCAAAAACAUGGAUAUGGAAACUAGAAAGAAGGUCCUAGAUUUCGUGCUGCCCUUUGUACGCGAAAUGGAAACAUGCCUGAUGAAGAUUCAUGACAAUGUGGACAGAUCUCUUGAAAUCGCUCUGGAUUGUCGACAGAUAUUCCUUGAUCGCUAUUCUGUCUUGGUUGAUGCCCAGCACGUCUACACUUUUGGUCAGGCACUCUCGGAUGUCGUAGCCGAUUACAUCUCUUAUAUGAAUAAAGUAGUGGCGGCUUUGCGAAGAUUUAUCUCUGUUAAUCGGGUUAAAAUUCUCGACUGGCACAACUUCACUAUUGAGCUGAAAACUUUUGAGACUCUAUAUAGAGAUGGUGGAGUGGACAAUGUUGAAAUCCUCGAACUAAUGAAAUUACGGAAACUUAUUGUCACCGAUGCUCAAGAAUACAAGUAUGAGGGGCACAUAUUGCAGAUCACUCCCCUCAUUGCAUUUUACGAAGAUGGGCUUCGAGCACGGAGGAACGUUUUACGACGUCUAGGCAUAAAAUCAACGAAACCUUCAAGUCUGAGCGUUGUCGAGGGUACUAUAAACUGCCUUUUGAAGAUCUCCGCCGAGAUUCCUCUUCUGAAGGUACUUUUCAAUCGUUUUUCUUCUUACUUCCAUUAG